AUGCAAGCUGAGCUUUUGGCAGGGACUUCUUACAGCCUAUGUCAAACUCUGCAACACAUCUGGAGGAUUCUGGGGCUGCAAGAUAUACCUCCUCAAUUGAUUGGGCUGAUCAUGACCUUGUACACUGGAGCAGUCAGUGCAGUUUGGAUUGGGGGCUCAGUAUCUGAUUUUUUCCUAGUUAGAUCAGGGAUCCAUCAGGGUUAUGUCUUAGUUCCCACUCUGUUCAAUGCCGGCAUAGAUUGGAUACUUGGCAGGAUGGUGGCUUGGUCAACUUGCAAUGUACUCAUUGCUGAAAAUAGAAUUACAGACCUAAGUUUUGUUCUUGUUGAGUCUCUGGAUGUCUUAAGGAAUGCUCUCCUUUCACUAAGUGAGGAAGUGGAACCACUUGGUCUUAGAGUGUAUUGGGUCAAGACAAAAUUCCUGUCCUUCAUUGGCUAUUCAUGGAACUGA